UUUUUUUAAUACGCGCCUAGGGACGGCCCUGGGGCCGACGGCUGGGGGCCGACUCGCCCCAGGACCAUUUUUUGCGCCGGCUCACCCCCAGGCGGCGCUUUUUGACGCCCCCUGGGGGGCCAACGGCUAGAGAUGCCCUAAGCAACCAGCUGAAGGAACUGUUCCACAGGAGUACAGACUCCAGAAGCUUCUCCCAUCUACUACGCCAUUAUCCAGCGAGUUGCUCUCUCUCCGUGUCUCUCGAACCAUCGCUCUGACGUCGACGCCGCAAACCCUUCCAGAUUUAUCGCCCCCAUCGUUCCAGUUCGUUCGCCUUUUUCCCAACUCGCCGACGCCGAGACCGCAACAGCAAUUCCCAACCGUGCGAUCCUCAAGACCUCAACUGCAGUCGCAGCCGAUCCCAUCCGAGCUAGUUCUCCCGUUCCAGUCAAUGGCGGACCUCUUCUUCGGGGGAAGCCCCUUCCGGCGGCUCCUCUACGCCCGCCCCUUAGCCUCCGCCACGGCCGCCAUGGACUGGGUGGAGACCCCGACCUCCCACGUCCUCAGGAUCAACGUCCCGGGGCUGGGCAAAGACGACGUCAAGGUCCAGGUGGAGGACGGCAACGUGCUCAGCGUCAGGGGCGCGGCCAAGGAGAAGGGAAACGAGGGAAACGAGGAGGCGGCGGUGUGGCACGUGGCGGAGCGCGGGAAGCCGGAGUUCGCGCGGGAGGUGGCGCUGCCGGAGCACGUCAGGGUGGAGCAGAUCAGGGCCAGCGUCGACAACGGCGAGCUCAUCGUCGUCGUGCCCAAGGAGCCCGCCCCGGCCCGGCCCCGGACCAGGCCCAUCGCGGUCUCCAGCAAGCUGUGAGGCCGCCAUGAACCGACCGGGUUCAGGAGUACUGUUACUGCGGUGUAUGCUUGUGUAUGCGAGCUGUGUGCGUUUCACUUGUGAAGUUGUGAUCUGAAUUAAAGUAAUCCGAUGAAUAUCGUGUGACGCGGAAGCGUGAUCGUGUAUGCUUGCUUAUGAUAAACUGAAACAUUUGGCUGGUAAUAAAGUUACGGAAAUGAUUAAAUUGA